CUUUUAUUCUUUUUUAUCAAAAUGGCAGGCGUCACCAUCUUUUACGCUGCUCUCCUCUUCUGGACGACCCUUGUGGCCGUCGGGGGCCAUCAGGAACCGUUACAAUCACCCGCAACCGCAGCGAUACCAGGUCGAAUCACUCCACAGGGCUGCUUCAGGUUGCUUCCAGCAAAUGCGACGAAGAUCGACCCAGAUGAGAGGAUGAUGGGAUCGGCUUUCGCUUCUCCGGGCCAGUGCCGUUACCUGUGCAAUGGCGAGGAGAAACCUGUCAUGAUAUUGCACAAGCUGCAGUGUUUCUGUGCCGACACUUACCCGUCUCGGUUGGCACUGAUUGAUGACGACCAAUGCGAUUUCAGAUGCCCCGGCUAUGACUUGGACGCGUGUGGUGGCUCAAAGGCUUAUAGUGUUUGGAAUACAGGUCUGGAAGUGAAUGUGGAGUAUGACGAGGAUGCCGACACGCCUCCUCCGAGCUCCUAUACUUCAGCCUCGACAUAUAUCAACAACGUUAUCAAUACGUUCUCAGCGGCAGCUAUCAAGUUCGCGAAGAAAGUUCAAAUCUUCUUCCACUAUAUUGGCCAUUCAGAGUCAAACCGAGCGGGGCAGUCGAGCAAGAAGUCAGACGAGUUGCAACCAGUGGUGGAUCUCUAGGUCUAGGAGGGCACCAACCGUUACGUAGAAUACAUGCAGUCUACGAUCAAUCUCCGGCUCAGGUCAAAGAGGUGAUAGCUAGGCACGCACUUUAUCUGAGAGUCUUCAAGCCAGCAAUCAGAUAGCACAAUCAAAGAAAUGUGACCACU